UAUAGCCGCCGCCGGCCAGACGUUCUAGCUAGCUUCUAUUUGGUUUUGUGUGGGCGAGAGAGAGAGAGAGAAACGAUGGGAACGCCGGCCGAGAACGGAGGCAGUGGCGGCGCUAGGUGGUGCGCGGUGACCGGCGGGCGCGGGUUCAUGGCGAGGCACCUGGUGGCGGCGCUGCUCCGCUCCGGCGAGUGGCGGGUGCGGGUCACCGACCUGGCGCCCGCCGUCGCCAUGGACGCCGCCGAGGAGGAUGGGAUCCUCGGCGCCGCGCUCCGCGACGGCCGCGCCGUCUACGCCGCCGCCGACGUCUGCGACAUCGGCCAACUCACCCAAGUUUUUCAAGGGGUAGAUGCCGUUUUUCACACAGCGGCUGCAAACCCAGACAUCAACAACUUCCAACUACAUUACAAGGUCAAUGUCGAAGGGACAAAGAAUGUUAUUAAUGCUUGUGUGAAGUGCAAUGUUAAAAGGUUGAUACACACUAGUUCCAGUGGUGUUGUAUUUGAUGGAAUUCAUGGCCUUUUUGAUAUAGAUGAAUCAGUGCCAUACCCGGACACGUUUCCUGAUGCAUAUGCACAAAGUAAGGCAGAAGCAGAGAAGUUAGUUACAAAAGCCAAUGGAAAAUAUGAGCUGAUGACUUGUUCCAUACGUCCUGGUUCCAUUUUUGGGCCUGGCGGUGUCAUGGUACCAUAUUUACGUUCCUAUGGGAGAAUGAUGGUUAUUAUUGGCAAUGGAAAGAAUUGUGAUGAUUUUGUAUAUGUCGAAAAUGUGGUACACGGCCACAUUUGUGCUGAGAAAACUCUUUCCACUCAAGAGGGUUCAAGGAUUUGUGGAGGAAAGGCUUACUUCAUCACUAAUAUGGAGCCUAUGAAUCUUUGGGACUUUAUUUUUAUGUUUUUGGAAGAACUUGGAUAUAAAAGAAAAUUUAAAAUAAGAAUUCCUUUAGCUAUUAUCAAACCAAUAGCACAUAUAAUAGAGUGGAGCUACAACAAAGUGUUUCAUGUAUAUGGAAUGCAUCAACCCAAACUAUUGACACCUGCAAGAUUGAAGUAUAUAUCACUAGAUAGGACAUUUAGUUGCAGAAAGGCUGUUGAACAACUAGGCUACAAGCCACUUGUGUCACUCAAGGAUGGCAUAAAGAUAACUAUCAAUAGUGCGAUUGGUCCAAAUAUCUAGAUUUGUAUUGGAGGCAAGGUACAAGUGACAUCCACAUGCAAGGGUGGGAAGAAGAACUAUAUUGUCACCACACUUCAAACAUUUAAAUAAAACUAGUUUCAUGACAAUACAAUUGCUAUCUUGUGUUAAUCUUAUUGUGUUCGUUUUGGAUAUUCAUUUUAGGUUGUUUGCGAUGUCAUGUUCAUGGAUCAUAUGUGGUUUGUUAUUCCUAUUUGUAGUAGAUGUACAUAAAACAAGAAAGGUUAUGUCAAAAUAUUAUUCAAAUUUAGAAUUGAUGGAACACUACAUGUAGGUAAGUAGAUACUAGGAAUGUUAUACCACUAAUUAUUAUGUUUUAAAGUAGGUGAGAAUACUAGUUAUGAAUAAGUGUAAGAAGCUAUACAUAGGUGUUUUAAAAAAAUCACGCCUAGUGAGGAAAUCAAAUAAGGGAUUUAAGUGCACAUUGUGUCUAGAAACAUAAGAACAUAAUGCUAACUUAUCCAUUUCUACAAUAGAAGGUUAGUUUAACUAGACCCAUGAAUGCAUGCAUCAUUAAUAACACCCUUGGUUUAUGAACAUCCCUCUCAAAUAUCGUGGCCCCUAAAUAAGAUAUUCUCCAUCAUGGUAAAUAAUAUUUUUUAAAUUUUUACGAGGUAUAUUUUUCUAUGCAAAUUAUUGCAAGCUACAUUUUCACGCCCGGAAUUUAGUUCAGUUACACUUUCUGGUUUUAUAUAUUGCUUGCUAAGAUGAACAUGGGUGGUUAGUUCUUCCUGGCCUAACCAUUCGCUAGUAUGAGCGGAGUAUAAUUGGCAGGAUCCUAGUGGGCUAUUAGUUGAAGUAUAACAUUUAGGUGUUUGACAUAAAUAUGAUGGAGUC